GUGCAAGCCCCCGUUUACAAGCUCAACUUGCUGACGGCGUCCCUGUGUAUUCCUGAAGUUGAAAGAGUUUCCGCACAUUGCCUCAGUCGGGCACAGACGAACACAAAUGACAAAAUGCGUCUUCUCCACCAAGCUCUUAGCGUUGAUCACAAUAGCGGUGCUUUUCCGGAGUGCCAGUUCCAGCCGUGCUCUCAUCGGGUCCAUGGUUGGUUCGUCAGGCGGCUUGCACAGCAACGACUGCGAGCCAAGCGAGGUGCAUUUAUCGCUGUCGGACGACCCCCACGAAAUCCGUGUUGCAUGGCGCACAACUUCGCUCGGGUGUCCGGCGACGGUUUCUUACGGCAGGGCUGACGAGACAGGACAGCCGCUGUACGGUUCGCCCUUGCUGCAGGCGGAAGGCAGCAGCUAUUCUAUUACGGAGGGGCUGAUGUGCGACGGUCGCGCCCGGCGGCACCGCUUCACCGUCAACAUGCACACCGCCGUCAUGCGGGACCUGGACCACAGCACCGACUACUGGUACGGCUUCCCGGGCAGCGACCGCACCUUCCGCUUCCGCUCGCCGCGCCGGGUGGGAGCCGGGAGCAGCGGUGCCGGCAGCAGCCAGCGCUUCUCCUUCAUCGCGUUCGGGGACCUGGGGGAGAGCCGCAUCAAGCGGAGGAAGUGCGCCCG